AUGGUAGACGUUUUCGCUGCAAACUUCACUUUAUAUAAUCCUCGACAUUCUAUCGAAGGUAAAAUAAUUAAAAUAAUGUUCGAUAUAGCAAAUAUGCCUUAUACUGAAUUCGACAUUGAAGAUGAAAAUAGUCCACUGCCUAAUGAAUUGCUCGCUGCCGGUCAACCAGUACUUCGCUUUGAUGGUUUGAUAAUAUUCGGUAGCGCUGCUAUUUGUCGACAAUUGGGCUGGAGAUUUGAUAAGGAGCUGUUAUUGCUCAAAGAGGGAAUAUUGGCAUCACAGCGGUCUAAAGAAAUUGUUAUUAAAAUGUUAGGAAUUUUGAUUUGUGAUGAAUUGGAACCAUUUAUACUUUCAGGUCUAACCGGUGAAAAUGCUAAGAGUGAUGCAGUUGUCGAUAUGUUAGGCGAUUUGUUUCACGAAGCUUGUUCUAAAAUUGCGGCUUGGAGUGAAUUAGCGACAGAUGGUUAUAAGGCAACAAAUAUUCAAACUCCUACUCUUCUUUACGCAAAGGAAAACAUUUUACCGAUAUUAGAAAAUUUUUUGCUUCAUAAUGAUGUAAAUGAAUAUUUGGUGGAAAAUAAGCUAGGUAAGGCAAAAAUCAUUGAUAAUGAUGUUGCAUUAUAUACAAAAAAUUGUAUAACGGAAGGGUUUGUUCGGGGUGUCUUCGACGGCACCAUUUGUGGUGUGGAUGGCCUGGACGAGGGUGCUCUUGGUGGCAGUGUCAUUGCUGUGGUUUCUCUGGAUGAAUGUGCCUUUGGUGUUGUAUCUCUGAUGUGA